AUGGGGGAGGGGCGGGGCGGGCCGCGCGAGACCCGGGAAACAUGGCUGCUCGUCCUAUUUCGGCUUCGCGGCGUGGCCACCAGCCCCCGGAUCAGAGUUGGGAGAGGCUCCCAAGGAGUAACUGUGACGCCUGAUGAAGAACAAAACUUGAAUCAUUAUGUACAAGUUUUACAGAACCUAAUACUAAGUGUUCCCACUAAGGAGCCAGGUCGUCAGAAAAAAUCAAAGUCUCCAAAUAAUGUUAAUUCCAUAGGACCGAGAGUAUCAAGAGUUAAGGAGAUAAAUUAUACACAUGAUGUAAGUCCAGGUGACAAUGAUGUUUUAAUCAAUCCUGUCAGUGAAGAAACUACAACUUUCCCUACUAGGGGCUUCACACUGGAAAUAGACAAGAAAAAACGUACUAAAAGCACAGCAUUCUGGUCGAUUAAACCAAAUAAUGUUUCUGUUGUUUUACAUGCAAAAGAGCCUUAUAUUGAGAAAGACGAGCCAGAGCCAGAGCCAGAGCCAGAGCCAGAGCCAGAGCCAGAGCCAACUGAACGUCGCACUGAGGCACCAAAGCAAGUGCCAAGUGUUACUGAACCAAGCCAAGACGUCACCUCUUUAAGUAGGAGCACUGACUUUGAUACCGUCAUGGAAGAAGAAGAUGUUCCUCAGCUCUCAGGUGACAAUGGAAUGGAUUAUCUUGAAUCACAUGAUGUGUAUAAUGAAGACGUUUUGAAAAGAAUUGCAGAUAUUAAUUCACAGUUGCAUCACAUACCUCUUCCUGAGAGCUACAAGCCAGAAUAUAGAGCGGACAUUCGAGCCUCUAAAGAACACCUAAAACGAAGCCUUGCUCUAGCAGUAGCAGCAGAACAUAAAUUAGAAAAAAUGUAUAAAUCCCAGAUGUUACCACAAGGACGAAGCAGUGGUGGAAUUUAUGACAUUGUAACUGUUAUUAACAUGCUGUAUAAUUCUAGAUAUAAAUUAUCUGAAUAUUUAGAUAUAAAAUAUGUUCCAUCAGAGAUGAGAGGGAAAGCUACUGUAGUAGUCCGUACAUUGAAAAAAAUACUAUGUGUUGGUCAUGGAGAAGAAACUCACAACCUCCUUAAGCAGUUAAUAAAUAAUAAUAUAAAAAUUUUACACAUACUUGAUACUCAUGACAAAGAUGAUUCAGGCUAA